AACAGACCCUUUUUUUUUAAUUUCAAUAUGCCAGCGAUUAAAAAACAGAAGAUUGCCCAUGAAAUAUCGCAGGGAAGUAAAGAUGUCGAAUCUUCCAUUUCACCAUCCAAACCGGAGCGAGAGAAUGAUCAGGAAGAGCAGGGCCAAGGCCCCGCGGAAACAAAGCCAUAUCCCAAAACAUUCAAAGAGCUAGGAAUCAUCGACCAGCUAUGUGAAGCCUGUGAGGCAUUGGGGUAUAAAGCGCCUACUCCAAUCCAGGCAGAGUCGAUUCCGUUGGCUCUCCAAGACCGUGAUGUGAUCGGUCUGGCAGAGACGGGGAGCGGGAAAACCGCGGCCUUCGCUUUGCCUAUGUUGCAAGCUUUAAUGGAUAAACCUCAACCCUUCUUCGGACUCAUCCUAGCCCCAACUCGAGAACUGGCAUACCAAAUCUCCCAAGCGUUUGACCUCCUUGGAUCGACGAUUGCUGUCCGCACAGCAGUUAUUGUUGGUGGAAUGGACAUGGUACCUCAAUCCAUUGCCCUGGGCAAGAAGCCACACAUCAUCGUCGCUACGCCCGGUAGAUUGCUGGACCACCUGGAAAACACCAAGGGUUUCUCUCUCCGCAACCUCAAAUACCUAGUCAUGGAUGAGGCGGAUCGAUUACUAGAUAUGGACUUUGGUCCGAUCCUGGACAAGAUCCUUAAAGUACUCCCCCGGGAACGCCGCACUUGUCUCUUCUCCGCAACCAUGAGCUCGAAAGUCGAAUCUCUCCAACGAGCAUCGCUCUCGAAUCCCCUGCGCGUCUCCGUAAGCUCCAACAAAUACCAAACCGUCUCCACGCUCCUCCAAUCCUACGUCUUCAUCCCCCAGAAGUACAAGGACCUCUACCUCAUAUACCUCUUAAACGAAUUUGUCGGCCAAUCGGCCAUUAUAUUCACACGAACUGUCCACGAGACGCAACGUCUCGCCUUCCUCCUCCGCGCACUGGGCUUCGGCGCUAUCCCCCUCCACGGCCAAUUAUCACAGUCAGCCCGACUGGGCGCGCUAGGCAAAUUCCGUUCUCGCAGCAGAGAUAUCCUCGUCGCGACAGACGUCGCUGCACGAGGUCUCGAUAUCCCCUCCGUCGAUGUUGUGCUGAACUUCGACCUCCCCACAGAUAGCAAGACGUACAUCCACCGAGUCGGGCGAACGGCGCGUGCGGGGAAGAGCGGUGUGGCAAUUAGUUUCGUGACGCAGUAUGACCUUGAGAUCUGGUACCGUAUCGAGGGGGCUCUAGGCAAGCAAUUGGACGAAUAUGAUGUUCAGAAGGAUGAGGUGAUGGUUCUGGCGGAACGGGUCGGAGAGGCUCAGAGACAGGCUAUAACGGAGAUGAAGAAUUAUGAUGAGAAGAAGGGGAGCAAGGGUGCUAAGAAGUUUGGGAAGCGGUCAAAGCGGUCGAGAGAUGAGAUGGAUCAGGAAGAGGGCUAA